UUAUUUCGUGCAGUGCAAUAUUGAAGUGGGACAAGAUUGAAAGUGGUUUUGAUUUUACUUGUGACACAAUCGAAAUUUUUUAUCGUGUUGAACUGUUUUUAGAAAAUAUUUUUGUAAAUAUAUAUGUAUAUUGAAAAAACAACAACCAAAGAGUAAAAGCUUAUUCAACAGGUCACUUACCGUUAAGUCAUGUCUUCGGCGGAUGAUGUACAAGCGUGGUUCGAUGCCGUACAAUUAUACGAUGAUGGAAACAUUGAAGAAGCCAUCCAGAAGUUUCGUGAAGUGACAUCAAAUUCAAAAAUGUUGUUUGACAUCGGUUGUUGUUAUUUGCGCAUAAAUAAUGUCAAUUCCGCAAUACAGAACUACCAAGCUGCAGUUGACUUGGACGGACACAUGGCGAUUGGAUAUUUUAUGCUCGGAUUGACAAAUUACCUUAAAAUGAAUUACGAUAAAUCAAUGAAGAACUUUGAAGAAUCUUUGAGCUUGCUCAGAGGAAAUAGAUUUGUGGAUUAUAAACAACUGGGAUUGAAAUACCAACUCUACUCUUGUGAGAUCCUAACCAACCAAGCUGUCAUAGCCUAUAGUCAAAAUAAACUUGGACAAGCGAAAGGACUUUUACUGCAAGCUGUUGGGUGCAAAGCAGAGAAAAGACACGAUAGCAUAGUGGAUUUAUUAAGCAUGCUACAGGCUGGCUACCCGAUUACUCCAUUUAUUCCUCCACAAAGUGAAAUAUUUCGGCCACCUAAAGCAGCAGUGGAUAACUUAAAGAAAAAGAAUUAUCUUGGAAAAUCAAAGGUAAUCUCAACAGAAAAUACAGAUGAGAUAUACGCGUGCUUUUCAGGUUUAAAAGAAACACAGACUAAACAGAUGAUUCUGAUAACUUUCGCUACAAUCAUAUCCAUCAUUCUUGGUUAUAAGCUGUAUGAGUCGUGGUCAGACAAACUUAAACAUAUACGUCAACCAUGGUCAUGGCCAUUUUUUAAACAUUAUCCAUAUUUUUGGAAAGCAGACCACUUGCUUGUGUAUGAAAAAUUUGCCAAAGAUUACAAACAGGAUGGCUUGUUUCGCAUCAACAAUUUGACACUUCCUGAGCAAGUUGUCCUUCUAGAUCCUGAAUUUCCGAAAUAUGUUCUAUCCCAUCCAGAAACAUUCGCCCGUUCAGAUCUCUUGGAUAAAGCCGUCCCGUUAAUUAAAAACGGGUUACUUCUCGCACGCGGAGAAGCGCACAAAUGGCAGCGGAAGAUUUUAAGUCGCUCGUUUACUCCUGAGAAAUUACGAAGUUAUAUGGCGACUUCAAAUAAACACGCUAAAAUUUUAAUUGAGAACUGGUUAAAAAAAGACGGAGAGAACAUUCAAGUCUUGAAAUAUUUCCAACUAUUCUCAUUUGAAAUCGUUAGCGAAGGGCUGUGUAAUUACACAACAGGUGAUGUCUUGGCGAAAAACGAAUUCACUAAGGCUUGUAGUAUGGUUCUUAGUUUAAUCAAUAACUCCAAUACACAUCUUCUUCUGAGAUUAUUUCCAUUCUUGAAACACGCGCCUUUUGGUCCAGGUCAAGAAAGAAGAGACGCUAUAACCUACGUGGAAAGAGUCAUAACCAAGAUCAUAAUGGAACGAAAAGAAAAAAUCUCAAAUAACGAAGACAUACCAGACGACUUUUUGUCUUGCAUGCUUCUCGAUCAAAUGAAAAAUACAAACACGUCAACUGAUGACCAGGUGUUUACCGACAAACACAUCCGCGAUAACUUGUUUACAUUUUUGCUUGGUGGAUAUGAAACGACGUCGACAGCUUUAACAUGGAUUCUUUACGCACUCGCUCUGUAUCCGGACGUUCAAGAAAAAGCCCGCAAAGAAGUAAAAAGUAUAUUGGAAGAACGUGACGAUGUUAAACUAGAAGACAUCAAUGCAAUGCGCUAUUUAACAAACGUGGUUAAAGAAACGCUCCGUGUAUAUAAUUCGUCAAUCCGAGUUGGCCGAAUUGCAACAAAGGAUUGUAAGAUAGGAGAAUAUUUCAUACCGAAAAAUCAGAUGAUAAAAACCGUGUUUAAUUUAUUCCAUAUGAAUGAAGAAUUGUUUCCGCAACCGAACGAGUUUAGACCAGAAAGAUUUGACGAAAAAGAGAACAUCAACAAAGCAGGCUCUUGGCUUGCCUUUGGAUAUGGACCUUACAGCUGCAUUGGGAAAAAAUUCGCUAUGAAUGAAAUGUUGACGUGUGCAGCAAGACUGUUGAUGAAUUUCAAAUUGACGGUAGACGAAGAUAAAAGGUGUUUUAUACGACAAAUACAACUCACUGUGACUGCCACACCACCAGUAACAAUACGUAUUCAUAAGUUAACCUCAUAACAUGGUUUUAGUCUUGUGCUUGCAAUUAUGAACGAAAGAACAAUCGGUUACAAGAACGUUCACACAGUUCUUUUGCAAUAUGAAAAAAACAUCAAUAAAGAAAGGAUUUAUUUACAACUAAAAUAUCGUUUCAACAACAAUAAUAAAUAUUAAUCUUUUUACACAAACGUGAUUUUUAACAAUUAUGGACUUCUUACACUUUAGACAUAAAAUUAGACUUUUUAAUCUAGUUUUUUUUUAUGUUUGGAAACCGGUAUAUCAGAUUGAAUUUAGAACAAGUUUUUGAGAAGUAA